AAAAACGAAAAAACCAAAACAGAAAAACUCGAACUGUCAGUGUCUGUUUCUGUUUCUGAAAUCCAAAACGGGAUAAUGAAACAAUGGUCGGUCGCCUAGGAGAUGACCGAAACAUUCUGGAGUGCGAAGUUAAAGCCCAUCUGUCAACUGUCAAGUCAUUCAUUCAUUCCGUCCGUCAGUCAUCAGACAAAUACAACUUGUGAAAUGGACAGCUACCUCCUUUUUCGAGGCACAAAGCGGCUUCAUCUCAGGCCAGAUGACCUGUCAUUAGGGAAAAUCUCCCUAAUUUUCAAGGUUCAGGAGUCAUCAAUAUUUUUACUGGAUGACCAUAACCAGGUGUUCCUGCCAUCAGAGGAUGGCAUAUUUGACCAAGACCGAAUGGUGCCAGGGGGACAUUAUGAGGUCAAUGGUGAUGCCACUGAAGAGGAUGGGGCCAGCCGGCCAAGUGCAAGCCCUCAGGUGCAAUUUGCGUUCCGGCGCCCCUCCAGCACUCCAUUUGCAGCAGGGAUCUCUCCGAGGCCUUCGGGGCCCAAAAUGAUGCAGAAGAGUAUCCUGAUUGCAGAUAUAAUUGACGGAAAACCGGUGACAUCAAGAGCUGUCACAGUCAAAUUCUCCGAAUUUGAGGCCACGGUGCCAAGCAUCUCUACCAAAGUUAAUGAAGCUUUGGGCCAAGAGAGUCUCAUUUUGGUUGAUAGCCAAGGGAAUCAACUUGUAGAUUCUGAUGGCACAAGAGGUUCUGCUUUCUGGCGACAACAUGCCAGAAAGGUCUUUGCUGUGCCCGAGGCAGAAAAGAGAGGCUGCGAAGCCACAAAAGAAGGCGAGAAAGCAACCAGACUGUGUCUGUGGAGGACAAUCUGGAAGUUGUGUCCAGAAAGCUAAGAGAGCUGGUUGACUAUGUCAACAGCAAUCCACUGACCCUCACAACCCCACUCAGCCUGACUCAGAAGGAGGCAUUUAAAACUGCCUUCAGCUGUCUAAUGUGUACAGAAAUGAUGAAGGAACCCAUUUUUGCUGAGUGCUGUCGAAGCCUGCUAGGAUGCAGUGCGUGUGUGGACAGGUGGAUGGAGGAACACGACUACUGCCCGAAGUGCAGAGGGGCUGUUUUUGACAUUCAUCGGCAUUCAGUGGUGGGGUUAGAUGAAGCCUUGGCUGCUAUUCAGCUCCUGUUUUCUUAAGAAGUGAUGUUUG